AAUAAUGGGAGUUGUUGAUUUGUUUUCUUAUCAUUGGUUUCUACACUGUCGGAAAUCCGGUGACUAAUGAAGAUGCGGAUACCUUAUGCUCACAGAAAAAUUCAAUUCAACUGAUUUUAUUCCACUGGCCUUUGAAUUUUGAUGUUGAGAAUUGCAAUGGAACCAUACUAGCAUUUUUUAUCGUCUUUUGUGAUUCAAUUAUUCCCGUCUGCUACUACUGUUCAUCGAUCGAUCAUUGUCUCCAUCUAAUAGGAGUUGGUGCUCAUUGAAUAAUGCUAGGUCCACAUGUUGACAAUUUCCAUUUUAAUAGACUAUUUUCAUAUCGUAUUUUGUGAUUCAACUCUGAAAUUUGUAAUGUGUUUCCACCUAUUCGCGGCGGUGACCCUCGCAUUCUGGCUAGCGGUUCACUCGCAUUCUCUAAUUCAAACUAUGCCUGGCUUUCCCGGCAAACUUCCCUUCAAACUUCGAACAGGAUAUGUUGGUGUGGGAGAAUCAGAAGAAAUACAACUGUUUUACUACUUUAUUGAGUCCCAAAGGAGCCCUACAAAUGAUCCCCUUUUCCUUUGGCUCACCGGCGGCCCGGCCUGUUCCGGUCUUUCCGCACUCCUUUAUGAGAUUGGGCCUAUCCACAUUGAUUAUGUUAACUCCAAUGGGAGCAUACCUGCCCUCGUAUUGAAUCCAUAUUCAUGGACUAAGGUAGCAAACAUUAUAUUCAUAGACCAACCUGUUGGUACUGGAUUUUCGUAUGCAAAAACUGAACAAGCUUAUAAGACCAGCGACACGGUUUCAGCUACGCUUACUUAUGAUUUCCUGAAAAAGUGGCUUACAAAUCAUCCCCAAUAUUCCAAGAAUCCGCUAUAUAUUGGUGGUGGCUCUUAUGCUGGCAUUUUUGUCCCUCUUGUUGUCGACCAAGUAUAUAAUGGUAUUGAAGCCGGGAGCGAACCUCCUUUGAAUCUCAAAGGCUAUGUACUGGGAAAUCCAUUUACUGAUGUGAAUGGAACGUCGGGCGAAGUGAAUGGAAGAGUUGCUUAUGCUUAUCGAAUGGGACUCCUGUCAGAUGAACUCUACAUGUCUGUUAGAGAAAAUUGCAAUGGGAAUUACCUAACAAUUCAUCCGGACAAUCAUUUGUGUACGGAAGAUCUCGAAAGAGUAACUGAGUGUCUGGAAAAGAUAUCAAAAACGCAAAUUUUAGAGCCCGUGUGUGAUGUUGGGAAUGAUAAACAAGGCCUGUUACUGGAUCAUGAUGAUAAUGCUAGGCGCCUUCUCCGAUCUGGUGUAGAACCAUGGUGUCGUGAUAUGAACCGUCUAUACUCCACCAAGUGGGCGAAUAAUGAGCUCGUCCAAAGAGCUCUGCGCAUUCGUGAGGGGACAAAGAUGGAAUGGGCGCGCUGUAAUGCUACCUUGAAAGGAAGAGACUAUACGUAUGAUGUCAACUCCACCCUCGAUUAUCAUACAAAGUUCAUUCAUAAAAAUUGCCGAGCUCUAAUACUCAGCGGCGAUCAUGACAUGCUGGCUCCUCACACCGCGACUGAAAAAUGGAUAACGUCUUUAAACCUCCAGAUUCGUAGUAAAUGGAGACCUUGGUUCGUGGAAGGCCAAAACGCAGGGUAUACGACUACAUAUUCACACAGCGAGUACGAGCUAACAUACGCAACUGUGAAGGGGGCCGGACACACACCGGCAGAAUACAAGCCCCUGCAAUGUUUUCCGAUGAUCCAGAGGUGGGUCGACCACAGCCCCCUAUAACACAGGUACCGCGUUUCGUUGUUGUGUUCAGACUCUCAAAUGUGGCGAUUAACUUAGAUAAAUGCCUGUUGGAUACUCCCUCUAUUAAUAAGUUGUGUAUUGAAAUUUAAUAUUGAAUCACUUAUCUCUACACUUGGUCAUGUUACUUGAAGUAAGAUCAUUACUAUUUUUUAACUUA